AUGGCUUUCCCCGGUGAGCGUUUCGCUCUCGACCUCGAGGGCGAUAUUAAUAUCCCUUCCAACCCUCCUGCCUCGCCAUUUGACUUGAUCGGUGAAAUCCGCGAGAGAGCUCCCACCGCCGCCAACCCGCCCGCACCGACGCCCACCGCUUCUUCCACCGGUUUCCCCGCCCACCGUCGCCGCAACAAACCCUCCUCGUUCAAGCAGCGCCGUGCUGAGCAAGCCACUCCUACUGCGCCUUUAAAAGAAGAUCUCACAAAAUCUACUCCGCCCACUAUACAGGAUGACAAGAAGUCCAUCGGGGAGGAGAACACCCGCCAUCUGGCAUCCAUGUCAGAGGCGGAGAUCGAGAAAGAGCGGGAAGAGCUGAUGGCAUCGCUGGACCCUGGACUCCUAGAACGCUUCUUGCGUCGUGCAAAGAUCGACGAAGAUGAAAAGACUAGUGACAGCACUCCCUCAUCAAUGCCCGCAAAGGCGGAAGAAGUGAAGGACGAGAAAGAAUUACCUUCCCAAUCCAAGAAAUCGGACACGACGACCUCCCCCCCAACCAACGUUCCAAAGGACCUCCACCCCGCCUCGGAGUAUCCAAACAUGGACCCAUCAACCAUCGAACGCUUCCACUUCCCUCAACCAACGCAACCAAUGCCAACGCUCGAUCCAUCAUCUCCAAACUUCCUCGCCGAUCUAAAAUCCCACUACUUCCCCGAAAUCACCCACGACCCCUCAUCCCUCUCCUGGCUCCAACCCCCCUCAUCCUCAGAAGAAGAUCCCGAUUCCACAUCCGCCUACCACCCCGCCAGCAACGCCAUCUCCAUGGCCCCCUCUGCAAUCCGCUUCUCGCUACGCGGAACCAUCCUCGCCCCGGAAACUUCCCUCUCCCUCCCGACCAACAUGGGCCUGCAUCACCACGGUGACGACCCGCAAGCUGCGGGCUACACGAUUCCCGAGCUGGCGAUUCUAUCCCGCUCGACUUUCCCUGCGCAGCGGUGCGUUGCGUGGCAGGUUCUUGGUCGGAUUUUGUAUCGUCUGGGUAAAGCUGAGUUUGGAGAGCGGGGUGGACAGUUGUCUGAGGGGUUGUGGUUCUGUAUUGAGAAAGAGGGUGUUGUUGCGGGGAUGUUGACUGAGGCGGAUGGUGGGGUGGACUCGAGCUCGAAGCUGGGCAAGAUCAAGACUGACGAGGGAAAGAAGGAUGGUGAAAAUGAUGCUGGCCCGCCGGUUGCGUCGGGUAUUGGGCGACAUGCUAGUGCGACUGCUUGGGCUGUUGAGGGUGUUUGGUUGUGGCAGAAGGGUGGUGCUGGUGAUAGGGGUUUGUUGAGAGAAGGUCAACAUCGGUCGACGUAA